AACUCAACCGCCAGCCCGGCCAUGCCGCCCUUAAUGGCUACGUUCAGACAGGAUCUCAAGGAUGCCAUGAGGGCGAAGAAUACACCUAAGCUGAACGUCCUGCGUGCUCUCAUCUCCGAAGUCAACAACUCCGUCAAGACUCCUUCUCCCAUCCAAACCGAUCUACAGCUCCUGUCCCUCAUCCGGAAACGUGUCUCUGGGGCCCAGCAGGCAGCGCAGCAGUUUGAAGAGGCUGGCCGGGCUGAUCUGAAGGAGGGUGAGGAUUUGGCCGUAUCGAUCCUGGAACAGUACGCCGGUCACGUCAAGACCAUGGGCGUGGACGAGAUCAGACCGAUUGUCUCGCAGGAGUUUAACAAACUCAAGGAAGCUGGCGGAAAGGCCGAUGUUGGUUCAUUGCUGAAGGCCCUUUUUGCUCCUGGGGGAGCCUUGGACGGCAAGCCGGCAGAGAGAUCUGAAGUCGCCAAAAUCGCCAGAGAGGCCGUC